GGGGGCCCUGUUUUCUGCGUCACAGCUGCGUCACGUCCGGUUCUCUCUUUUCACGUCCGCUCUCUUAACAUGGCGCCGCUCAAACAGAAAAGGCCGACGGUCAGCAGGAAGUCCAAAAAGGGAGCUGCAUGGAAGUUCACCUUGGAUCUGACCCACCCUGUGGAGGAUGGGAUCCUGGACUCUGCAAGCUUUGAAACCUUCCUCAAAGAGAGGAUAAAGGUCAACGGGAAGACGGGCAAUCUGGGCAACGUCGUCCAGGUCGGCCGCAUGAAGAACAAGAUCAACGUCACGUCUGAGAAGCAGUUCUCCAAAAGGUAUCUAAAGUACCUAACGAAGAAGUACCUGAAGAAGAACAACCUCCGUGACUGGCUGCGAGUCGUGGCGUCCGACAAGGAGACGUACGAGCUGCGCUACUUCCAGAUCAGUCAGGACGACGAGGAAGAGUCGGAGGCAGACGAGUAAAACGUGCUGGACAAUAAACGUGCUGGAAAAAAAUUA